ACAGCGGCCGGGGUUCCGUGCCCACCUCUCGCCCCGCGUUCUGCAGCCCGGCGUGCCCUGCCCCGCCCCACCUCACCAGCCUGCCCAGGACUUGUACCGGCUGUGCUCGGCGCCUCACCCCCGCCACACACACCGCUGCCCGCCUCCCGGCCCUCGCUCUGCUCUGCCCCAGUGGCUGCUGCAAGCAUGGCGGGGAGGCCACGCUGACCCGCCCGCCGCCGCCCGGCCAGCAGCAGCAGCAGCAGCCAGUCAACCAGCCAGCCAGCCGGCCAGCAGUCUGCCGCCCCUCUGUUUGUGCUAGAAGUGGGAGUGAGUGAGUGAAGUGCGCGGGGAGGCCAGCGGGCCCAGUGACUGCCGCAGCCAUGCCGUGCAGCUGCUUUGGUAAGAAGGACAAGAAGGCCGCUGGUGCCGCCGAGGAAAAGUACUCGCGGCCACCCGAGCAGGAGCCGCUAGUGCCCUCCAGCCAGGCCCCGGCCCAGACGCAGGCCCUGGCCCCGGCUCAGGCCGAGCCCACUUCCGCCACCCCUCCCGCGCCCCACACGCCUCCCACGGGUGGUGACGCAAGGCUCCGCCCCGAGGAUGACCCGGACAAGGCCUCCCGCCGCCGGGACGUGGUGGCGUCCUUCUACAGUGACCAGUGUGAGUUGAUCGGCUUCAAGGCCACGGGCUCCCGGCCGCCCUCCGCCGUGGCGGGCGAGGGUCCUGCCGCCACCUCCUCUCCCCUUGGCUCCCCGCCCUUCUCCUCGCGUUCCUGUGCGACGUCUCGCGCAGAUCUUGCCAUGAAGCGGCGCGAGUUUUUCAAAGAUUUGGCCGUUAAUGAUAUCAGCAGCGCCCGAUACGGGUCGUCCCAGCCCACCUGGAAGCUGGUGGACUCUGGUUCCCUGACUACGCCCCGCCGCAGCCACCAGCAGGACAGCCCGCAGCACCACACGCUGCCCUUCCAGGCCCGGGCUGGCGGCCUCGUCUUGCGCCCCACCAGCACGCCCUCAACGUCCACCCCCGACCUGCAGCCACACAUGACCAACGGAGGCUCCGAGCACAGCCAAGACCAGCGGACGGACGACUCCAAAGAAUCUGAAUGCGAACCACUGCUAAGCAGCGAGACUCAGCAGGAGCCCUCAGCACACUAUCCCCAGGCUGACGUCGGGGCGCAGGAGGUGCCUCCAGCGCGCCACUCUGAGUCUGACGUGGAGGAGCCACUCCUCCUUGGACACCAGGGAGCACAGGACCAGUCAACCCCGACAUCUGCAACGCCCCCACCGACCCCAGCAACGCCCCCGGCAACCCCCGUAGUGUCCCGAGCUGAAACUGAAACCCUUGUUUUGGAGGCUGCCGCGCCCGACCAGCUACUUUGCCCGGAGGUGCUCACGGAGCCCGCGGCGACACAGCCAGGGGGCGGCGGUGAGUGUGGCCAGCUGACGGUGCAGCAGCAGUACGUGCAGCAGGUGUCCGUGGGCAGCGACGACGAGCGGCUGGCUGAGGGCUCCUGCAUCCUGAUCAAGGAGGCGUUCCCUGACGAGCCUCACGACCCUCGACCAGACCCGGACACGCCACCUCCUGAGGCCCCAGACACGACCAGCGCCUCGGGCAACCCGCCAGCGCUGCACGCUACACACGAGGCCGCCUGGGACGUUUCGCUACAUUCCAGCGAGCAGUCCGCGGCGCCGCCACCCACGGAGGGCCCCGGCCAGCGGCGGGCCUCCCUUCCAGGGGCAGAAGAGGCGUCGGGUGAAAGGUCACCGCCGCUCACUAGCAAGGCGGAGCUGGACUCUGACCAACACUCGAGGCCAACGUCCUCCUCGGGAGACUCCUCCGCGCCCGGCUCGCCGCAGCCCCGGCAGCCCCUUGUCAGCGAGGGUCCCGCUAAGGUAGAGGCGACCCUCCAGCAUCAGCAGGACCCACCCAGCCUCCAACAGGAGGCCCCCGGCAGCCCUGGGGAGGCCCGACCCGACGUGGCCAUCGUGGGCUGCAUCCCUAAGGGAGCUCCCCUGGAGGAGGCAGACACCCACCUGCCCUCCCCGCCCACCACGCCGCCCGUCACCAGUCCGCCCUCGCCGCCCGCCACUCCUGCCGGAGAAGAGUCCCGCCCACCCGCCUCACACACCCUGCCCACCGUAGAUGAUCAUUCGCCGCCAUUACCCACGCCGCCCAGCCUGUCGGAGCCGGGCUUGACCUGCGGCGUGGACGUGUCCUCGUCGCCGCUGAAGGACGAUGGGCUGGGCUCGGACAUAGACGACGCCCUCAGCUCUCUCGAGUGUCUCACCGAGGAAGAGUUGCUGAAGAUCAUGGCAGGAGAGUUGGCAGCGCUGGUGUCCCGCUUGGAGACGGCGGUGGAGCGGCUGGAGAAGGCAGGAACGGGCGACAAGGGCGGAUCGGGGAGCGCUGCGGCAGGGGCUGAAGAGGAGUGCACAGUCCCCUAUGUCCUGGCCUACGAUGACCUGCUCUCGGGACCCUUCAAGAUCUUUUUCGACUGCAGCCAGAAGAUCGGCGGCGAUGUGGCCACCAUAGCUAAGCUGGUGCAGGACUGCUUCAUCAACCAGCGCACCUUCCUGGUGAUGGCGUCCAAGAGCCAGCGGCCCCUCGACUCUGAAUUACCUCAGGUGCUGGAGCCAACGGGCAAGAAGAUCCAGGAGGUGAUAUCAUUCCGGGAGUCCAACAGGCAGUCCAAGUUCUUCAACCAUCUGUCGGCCAUUUCUGAGUCCAUCUCCGGCCUGUCGUGGGUGGCCGUGGCCCCCGCCCCAGCCCCCUAUGUCAAGGAGAUGGGUGACUCGGCCAUGUUCUACAGCAACAGAGUCCUUAAAGAUUACAGGGAGAAGGACAAGAUCCACGUCGAAUGGGUGCAGAACUUGAACAACGUGUGGAAGGAGCUGCAGGAGUAUGUGAGGAAGUACCACACCACCGGCCUGUCCUGGAACACUCGGGGCGGCAACGCCAUGAACAACCUCAAGACAGCCCCCCCCAACUGUGGCAUCCCUCCCCCACCACCACCUGGCAUCCCUCCCCCUCCUCCCCCAAUGGCGAUGCUGGAGCCCAAGGCCGUGGCAGCGGACGACGGCCGCUCCGCACUCUUUGCCUCCAUCAACAAAGGGGCUGACAUAACCUCGAGUCUCAAGAAGGUGACCGAUGAUAUGAAGACUCACAAAAACCCCAAUCUUCGUGAGGGUCCCAAACCCUUCGUCAAACAGUCUAGUCCUGGCGCCCGUGCCUCUCCCUCCCGAGACCCCUUCUCUGGCACCCCCAGGAAGGCCCUUCAAGGCAAGAAGUGGUUUGUUGAGUACCAGAAGGACCAGAAGAUAGAGAUUGAUGGCAGGAUGGACCAGAGUGUGUACAUCUUCAGGUGCAUGAACACUGUAGUUCAAAUUAAGGGUAAGAUAAAUUCUGUCGCCCUGGAUUCCUGCAAAAAGUCAUCCGUAGUGUUCGACAACUUGGUGUCUGCAGCCGAGGUGAUCAACUGCCAGUCCUGCCAAGUUCAGGUGAUGGGAUUGAUGCCGACCAUCUCCAUCGAGAAGACUGACGGGUGUCAACUGUUCCUUAGCAAAGAAUCGCUGAACACAGAGAUCGUUACGUCCAAGUCCUCUGAGAUGAAUGUGAUGGUGCCCAAGGACGACGGGGACUUCGCUGAGCUGCCCAUCCCUGAGCAGUUCCUGACCAAGGUCAAAGGACUCUCCCUCACCACCACCUGCACCGAGAGCUUGUAGGCCAGCCACCCCCCGCCGGCAACACACUCAAGGAAUAUUAGUGGUGCGAACUGAGGCCAUUCGUGUCUGGGGUGCUCAGUGACUUGCAAUUUAAUGCUCUAGUGAUUUGAUGCAAAGAGUAUGCUCAUUUACUAAACAUUUGAUUGAUUAAUCAAUGUUGCUCUAAGAAACUCAAUCUUCACCCCUAUUAAAUAGUUUUGGUGCAUGAGCAAUGAAAUAACCUCACUGCUCUGGUAAGUUAUAAAUUUCAACAGUCUUGGGCUGCAUUUAUGCAUUCACUGCCUUGUGAGUAAAGGCAGUUUUGGUAAUAAUUUAAAACUAUCCAUACCUUACUUACUUAAGAUGUUACCUUAUUCAGCUCAAAGUAGGGAAUUUUCAUGACAAUAUGCAGGUUGGCUGUUAUAGUAUGGUAAGAAGACACAUUUAGCUGAUUUCCUUGUUUGAUUCACAUAAAUGUGUGACGACAUCGAACACGAAGUUGUCGCAGGAACACACUGCUUCCACCAAGGCGCCGAGGGAAGGCAGUCUCUUAGUUGUGAUUUGUUGAAGUAUGGAAGUACUGUUGUUACCUGUAGGAUCUUGAUUUGUGUAACGUUUUCUCCAAGCUGCAAGUCUGCAAUGUGAGAGGCUACUUAUGUCUGUCUGUCUGUAAAAGUGUUCCGUGUGAAAAAGAUGCAAUUUGUAUAAAAUUAAGGGAAAUAAGUUCCGGCUAUCAGUUUUUACAGUUCCCAGGAUCAUAACUUUUUCAUUGUCUGCUUCACGCUUGAGGUAGUGUAGGCAAGUAAUUUAUUAUUGCUCGUCUCUAGUCUGUGACGGAGUUAGUGUGGCUGUUGACAUGCUUGGGACUCACCACACAGGAACAGAAAAAUUCAAGGGAAACAUUCGUUCUUAAUUCUUUUGUUAGUCAUUAUGAACUUCACAUGUUGAUUAACUGCAUUCUUCCAUUUUAUAUGCAUAUCAGCAAUGUUUCUGAUGUAAUGGAAAAUGUACAGUGGGUACAG